AUGGAACCAAACAAGCGGUAUACACAAAUCGUGGAUAAGCCGUUCCACAUCUCACACGCUGCUAUGGACAUAUCAACUGGAGACAAUGAACCAUGCCAAGUAAUGAUUGUUGUUGAUGGCAAAAAUUUCUUAGUAUGCACAUUACAAAAGAAACAGUCUAUUCAGAUGCCUCUUGACCUAUACUUCAAGACUGGUGAAAAUGUAGCUUUUUUGACUAAUGGAAAGUGCAAUGUGCAUUUGACCGGAUAUGUGGAUCCUGAAUUUGAUGAUGAAAUAUCUGAGGAGGAAGGUGAAGAAGAGGAAGAGGAGGAAUCAGAGGAACAACAGGAAGCAAAACCAGCUAAAAACAAAAGGAAGUUAGAACCUAAUGGUGAAUCACAAGCUAAAAAACUGAAGAAGGGCAAAAAAGCAACUGCUGCUGAUGAUAGUUCAGACUCAGAUGAAAACAAUGACCAAUUGCAGAAGUUCCUUAAUGGUGAAGAUAUUGAUAGCGAUGAAAAUGAUGAGUCAUUCAAAGUGAAUACAUCUGCAGAAGCUGACAGUGAUGAAGAGGAGAGUGAUGAUGAUGAAGAGGAAGCAGAGGAAGAGGAAGAAGAGGAUGAGGAAGAUGAAGCUGAGACAUCCAAAGCAUCGUCUAUGGACACAAGCAAGGAUGAUAGCCAGAUUGACAUGAGUAAGCUCACCAAAAACCAAAAGAAACGCCUGAAAAAGAAACUACAGAAAGAAAAGCAAGGGCAAGAGAAUGGUGUUGAUAAGGCUAAGAAAGAAAAACCUGAGGCACAAAAACAAGAAAAAAAGAAGCCAGAAGGCAAAAAAGAAAAAGAGUCUCCAGUAGUUGCUACUGAAAAAAAGGAAAAGAAAUCCCUUAGUGGUGGUGUUUUCGUUGAAGAUGUUAAAGUAGGGUCUGGACCUGUAGCUAAACCUGGCAAAACUGUAAUGGUGUAUUAUGAAGGAAGAUUAAAACAAAACAACAAGAUGUUUGACAACUGUGUAAAGGGACCUGGAUUUAAGUUCAGAUUAGGUGGAAAAGAGGUGAUUGCAGGAUGGGAUGUUGGUGUUGCUGGUAUGAAAGUUGGUGGCAAGAGGAAAAUCGUCUGUCCGCCUGCUAUGGCGUAUGGUGCUAAAGGAUCACCUCCAGUUAUUCCACCAAAUUCAACACUAGUUUUUGAAGUAGAACUUAAGAAUGUUAAAUAA